AUGGAUAAAAGGAAGAUAGUUUCAUCUUGCAUCACCACUUACAAGAAAACUCCUCCUCCAGUGCCACCCAGAACUUCAACCUGCUCCACAGCCUCCAAGCCAUACAUCUCCAUUACAGCCCAGAGCAGCACAGAGUCUGCACAGGAUGCCUACAUGGAAGAAGAGGGACCUAGAGGCGACAUGACCAUCCAAUCAGGGCUCAGUAACUCCACAGAAAGCAUUGACAGCAUGAAGGCCUUGACAGCUGCCAUAGAGGCUGCUAAUGCUCAGGUCCACGGACCAGCCAGUCAGCAUGUCAACAAUAGCACCAUGACAGUCAACACCACCAUCCCCUCAAUCCUGAGCAGGGGGCAAGUAGUUGAAGACCACCGGGAUGAUUAUAGGAAAGAUGCGUUCAGGAAGGGAAAAUGUCUCUCCAUAGGCAUCCAGGUUGACGGACCAGAGGAUAUUCCGGAUCCAGAGGACCCCUCCAAGUUCACCUCUGUAGGUGUGCAAGUGGAAGAUGACAGAGGGUAUCGUCGGUUCCAGCGCUCCAAUAGUGUGACAGCAGCUGUGCAGGCAGAUCUGGACAUGCCAGACCUACUAGACACACCUAUGAACUCCCCGGACACUGACAUGGAAAUACUGUCAUCUCGUGCCAUCCCUCGGCAAUAUUCCCGCGAUGCCAACACUUCCACCGUCAGCAUCCAGGGCUCAGGGAACCACUACCAUGCCUGUGCCUCUGAUGACUAUGAGGAUGUGGGCUUCGACCCAUCCAUCCUUCCCCCUCCAGACCCAUGGAUAGACAGUGUAACAGAUGACCAACUUGAUGUCAGUUUCAACAGUUCUGCUAUACUGGAGGUGGUGCAGAGAUCAGUUUGCCAGAGAGAUGGACGGUGGUUUCUGAAGCUGCUGCAGGCUGAAACCGACCGCAUGGACGGCUGGUGUCGACAGAUGGAACUCGACCAGCGGGAGAAUGACCUGCCUGAAGACAUCCUAGAGAAGAUGAGAAGUGCUAUGGGAAGUGCUCAGCUUCUGAUGUCCCAGAAGUUUGAGCAGUUCAGGGAGCUGUGUGAGGAGAACCUGAACCCCAAAGCCCACCCUCGUCCAGUAGCCUCAGAUCUGGCCGGUUUUUGGGAUAUGCUUCAGUUGUCGAUCGAGAACAUAAGCCUCAAAUUUGAUGAGCUUCACCAGCUCAGAGCCAACAACUGGCGGCCCUUGGAUCCCCCAGACAGAAAGGAGAGGCGGCUCCCACCUCCAGUGCCAAAAAAGCCACCCAAGGGCCCCCACCAUCACCCCCCUCUGGCCAGAGACCGCUCACUGGAAAGCUCAGAGAAACAGCGGCAGGAGGCCAGGAAGCGCCUGAUGGCUGCCAAGAGAGCGGCAUCUGUACGGCAAAACUCAGCGACAGAGAGCGCCGACAGCAUCGAGAUCUACAUCCCCGAGGCUCAGACGAGGCUAUGAGGACACUGCCAGAGCCACACGGGGUCGACACGCAGUACACACCAUUCACACAGAACACAACACAUGUAUGGUUGUCCACACAAAGGCAAAAGGGUUUAGACGCAUCUGGAUAUAUUAUUUCGUUAUGCACAAUGCACUCUGAGGAUAAAUCGAGCUGGAACAUUGAUGGAACAUGUGCCCUUUCCCAAUGCUCACCUGUCUCCUGGCUGAUUUAGUUACCUGUAAAUGUAACCAUGCUUCCUCUGGAUCCAAACUCGUCAUGUUUAAACACUCUUCACAGCAGCUACAUGGCAGACGCCCCAAAAUUGGUUAUAAAAUGUCAGUUUAUAUUCAUCCGUUUUCACAGAGUGAGUGUAUAGCAGGGAGCACUCUCCUGACUGGAGUUUCACAGGUGGGAUUUAUCUCAUAAUCAGGUGUUGAACCGUAACACGAGUUUGACUUAACAAGUUUACAUAUCUACAGAGGAAGCAGGUCUUCUUCCACGGGGUAGAGCACGUUCAUGGCUGUGGCUGAGCUUUCCAGGUCACACAAAUGAAAUCAGCCAACCUGAUCUUUAGCUCCACGAGACUCAUGUUCAAAAUGUGUCAACUCCUCUCAUUUAAUCCCUUAAAUAAAUUUCUCCCAAAGUUAUCAUGGUAUAUUAGCUAAUUUUAUCACUUUUGAAAGCACCUGCUGAAUCAGGUAGUUCAUAUUCGGCCUCCACAGACACUUGCUCAAAUACGAUGACUCCUGACUCCAAAGGAACAAAGGUGGUGAUUGGUUUCAUAAGGGUAGCCCAAAAUCCAGUGGGUGAAGUAGCUGUGGUGACGCUGUUUGUUGCCAUGUUGCAUUGCAACAGUAACCAGGAACAGAAAAACUCAUUCUAGAACCUUUUAUGUUUUUUACUUGUGUUUUUGUAGCCUCUGUAGAUCCCACACAGGAGACGGGAAGGCACGGGGUCAGAUGCCUGAAAUCUGCACCGCUAAAUGGUGACGCUAUGAAAUCCAAACGUUCAUUCUUUUCAUUGUUUAGGGUUAUCAGCUGAACAGAUCAUACAGGUGUCUUUUAAAUGCCUUUUUAACUUGUACAAAUGUGUACUGCACAGACGUGAUGGACAAUCUUACAUAAACACACAGAAGUAAUAAUAAUCUUGUGUGACAUGAAAAUACUUCACAUGCCACUCAUACAUAAUGAACAUAUGAGUGCUCGCAGGCAAUUUCUGUGGUCUUGUGGCUGAAUGAACACUGCAGACUGCUGUCGUAUAAAACAGCGUAUCACUCCCCCCUCUGGAGAAUGCCGUGAUCACGAUCAUCUUCCUCUCCAUCUCCACGUAAUUAUCAGCUAGUAUUUUCUUCUUCUAGAUGAACCCUCUUAAAAAUGACUGAAAUGGUUUAAGAUUUAUUUAUUUUGCAAAUUUCAAUACAAUUUUAUAGUUUGGACAUCCUUCAGUGGACAAAGUAGCAGUUUAACAGCUCCAGUACUGGUCAGAGACACUGCUAACACGAGCCUUCAGACAACUGGAACUUUUCCAUAUUUGAGUUUGAGUUUGAGUUUCAAGCCUGUCUGACAUGGUUGCUCUGUCUCUGCAGUUCAAUGCUGUGCUGACCAAAACGACAAAAAAAACGUAUAAAUAAACAGAAUUUUAUUUUAAUGCUUCUUGUGUAAGCAGAAAGCCUUCACAUGAAUUAUUAAAUACGGAGCCCCGCAGGGGAC